AUGGAGGAUCCCGAAGCCAACGGGGCUUCAAGCCUGGGCCACGAUAAUCUCCAUGAGCACAAGCCUAGGGAAAAUGGCGAGAGCAUGGAGUCAAGCGCCACUGCCCAAGAAGGCAAGCAUACGUCAACGUUUCACCAGCUUGGAAUCCUGGACCGCUUCCUCGCGAUCUGGAUAUUCUUGGCCAUGGCGAUAGGCAUUAUUCUGGGCAAUUUCGUGCCCGGCACGGAGGAGGCUCUUGAGAGAGGGAAGUUUGUGGGUGUGUCGGUGCCCAUCGCGGUCGGUCUGCUGGUCAUGAUGUACCCGAUUCUAUGCAAAGUACGAUUCGAAACAUUGCACCGAACAUUUCGACAGAAAUCUCUUUGGGUGCAGAUUGGAUUCAGUAUCAUCGUGAACUGGAUCGUGGCCCCUCUUUUUAUGGUUCUCAUUUGGACAGGACUAGCAGGUGGAGAUGGAGAAUACUGCGCCAUUCUCGUGGCCAUCAAUUCCGUGUUACAGAUGGUAUUGUUCGCGCCGAUGGCCAUACUCUUCAUCCGAAUCAUCAGCGACGACGAUAUCUCUCUAGAAUAUUCACUAGUAGCCAAAAGUGUCGGGGCCUUCCUCGGUAUCCCACUCGCGGCAGCAAUCGUGACACGGUUCGGACUGCGCGGCUUGAUUGGUGGGAAAUGGUAUGACAAGAAGUUCCUUGUGUGGAUCAGUCCGUUGUCUCUCAUCGGGCUGCUCUUCACAAUCAUCAUCCUGUUCGCAUCUCAGGGUCGACAGGUGGUUCAUCAGAUUGUGUCUGUGGUGCGAGUGGCUGCGCCCCUGAUAGUGUACUUUGCUGUGAUCUUUCUAGCGACCCUGCUGAUAACCCGGCGAUGUGGCUUUGGGUACAAACUGUCGUGUACGCAAAGCUUCACGGCAGCGAGCAAUAAUUUCGAGUUAGCGAUCGCAGUUGCAAUUGCGACGUUCGGCGUUGAGAGCGAUCAAGCUUUGGCAGCCACCGUCGGGCCUCUCGUCGAGGUUCCCGUGCUGUUGGGGUUGGUGUAUGCCGUGAAGUGGUAUGGCAAGCGGCACAAUUGGUAG